AUGCUGUUCCCUCUUGCCCUAGGGAAGUGUUUCCUCUACUGCAACGGGCUCAUGGACCAUCUGUACGUCUGCCAGAAUGGCAGCGGCUGCACCGCCUGGUACAAGGCCCCUACUCGCUUCACUGGCACGCUGGAUGCCUUCGUGAAGAUCACACGCUAUGAGGGCAUCAGGUCUCUGUGGAGCGGCUUGCCCCCCACCCUGGUCAUGGCCGUGCCAGCCACCGUCAUUUAUUUCACCACCUACGACCAGCUCCGGGACUACCUGCACGCUCGGACGGGGAGCCGGGGGCACCACAUCCCCUUGCUGGCCGGGGCCCUUGCCAGGCUGGGCGCCGUGACAGUCAUCAGCCCCUUGGAGCUCAUCCGCACCAAGAUGCAGUCCCGGCAGCUCAGCUACCGGGAGCUGGGCAUCUGCAUCCAGUCGGCGGUGGCUCAGGACGGCUGGCUGUCCCUCUGGAGGGGCUGGGGACCCACCGUGCUGCGAGACGUGCCCUUCUCGGCUCUCUACUGGUUUAACUAUGAGCUGGUGAAGGAGUGGCUCUGUGGGCAGACCCGGCUGGAUGAGGCCACGUUCAUGAUCAGCUUCGCAUCCGGGGCCGUCUCCGGCACGGUGAGUUUGGGGCACUGCGUGGUACAUGGGCAUCCCCGAACCCUCACACGCUCCCCUCUCCCCGCAGUCGCAGCCUCCAAGCCUUCCUCCACCUGGCUGCUCAUGCGGCGCAUCCGGGCAGAGUCUGGCACCCGGGGGCUGUUUGCAGGCUUCCUGCCCCGUGUCAUCAAGGUGGCACCUGCCUGCGCCAUCAUGAUCAGCACCUACGAAUUUGGCAAGACCUUCUUCCAGAAGCUGAACCAGGAGCGGCGGGGGGAGCCGGAGCCGGAGCCGGUGUGGCCCCACUCCCCAUCCCUGGCCGCGCUGGGGGACACCCGUGCCCGCUGCUGUGACACUGCAGAGGAUGUGGAGUCCCCUGCCAUCGUCCCUUGA